UUUGAGUUGUUGUUGUAGGUCGGUAGUCAGAAGGCAAUGGAGAACGAUGUGAGCGAAGCUAUUCGGUCUGUUGUGGCAACGCUGCCGAAUAUUGAGAAGUUAAAGCCGGAGCAAGAACAAGCUUUGUUGAGUUUUGUUGGUGGCCAUGAUGUGGUGGCGCUUCUCCCCACGGGGUUCAGGAAAAGUUUGAUUUUCCAGCUGGCUCCGUUAUUGGUGAAUGAGUUGGGUAAGGCGAAUGCUGCCGAUGCUAAGCCGAUAGUUAUUGUAGUCUCCCCUCUCGUUGCACUAAUGGAGGACCAAGUGAAGGAGGCAGAACAGUUGGGAGUUCGUGCUGGGCAGCUUGGCGUGCAUGAUGACCGUGACAUUUUGGAUGGAAGCUUGAGUCUGGUGUUCGGCAGCCCCGAGUCCUGGCUGCUGAACAACAAAUGGCGACGAAUGCUAGCCUCAACCAUAUACCAGGACAACCUCAUUGGUAUCGUCGUAGAUGAGGUCCACGUUACGUACAAAUGGGGCGAGGCUUCCAAAGGCGAGUCGGCAUUCCGAGAGAGUUUUGCCAAGCUCGGAGAGCUAAGAUCUAUAGCCAAGGAGGGCUGACACACCUGCAGCAAAUUUGAGAUCCCCACGCCCAAUUACCAGCCUGCUGCAUAAAGCCAGCAAGUCAGUUGCUUGAGGAGAACAGACCCGGCAACACCUUUGUCCCACAGUGCGAGUUGUUAAAUAGCCUUUUCUUUCUGUAAUCUUUGAUCUAGGCCUGGGGAUGGCCGGCGGUCCUACUUUUCCGUUUAGUUCUUAGUUUAUGAUUUGGUUUGGUCAGGCAGGGAGGGGGGCCAGCCUCGACGUCCCUAUAGGGGGUGGCCUGGUCCCCCCUCCAUUUUGCUGAGUUUGUCCGGCAUCCUCAGGUCCCUUUUGGUUUACAGUCUUCUUUAUUUGUUAAAGUAUUCAUACUGCAUUUCAGCUAUGGUUUCAUUUGGUUAAUAAA